AUUUUAUUUUAAAAUUUUAGAGAGAGAGAGAGAGAGAUGCAGAGUGUGAGUUUAUAAGGUUUGUGGUAAAACUAUUGAGUCGAUUUUAUUUUAAAAUUUUAGUAUGGUUUGACCCAUAUGCAUUAUGGCGCAAUUAAGUGACUCUAAGUCUCUAACCCAAUCUUGAAUUCUAUCGUUAUCCUUCGUGUCAUCAGCAUUCUUUUGUAACCUCAAAGUGACGUACUAGUCGGGAUCAUAUUUGAAAUUUUGAACAAUUGGAGAGUCCAACUUUGUGUUAUUUGGGGUUAUCAGUGUACUUGUUAUUUGCAUGUGUCGUUUUACUUUAUUUUGACCAACAUAUUCCCUUGCGUGGAGCGUGUCACAGGGUAGCACGCACAAUACAAAAGCCCAGGAAGCUGACAAACAAGCCAGCCUAGAUGUUUUUGAAGCCAGGUGGACAAUUAUCAUGCGAAAUGAAAUGGAUAAUAAUCGAUGGUUCUUGCUCUUCAAAUGCAGUACUAUCUGGUUUUCCUAUUGAAUUAGCUAUAUUUUUAUCACAGAAAUAAGAGCAUAGAAAACAUGAUCACUAUUGACCUGCAUGGGCAGCAUGUCAGACAAGCCAUGAAAUAUUUGAAACUUCACCUGCUGUUUGGGGCCUACGUACGCUCUGUUAGAUCAUUUAGGGUUAUCACGGGAUGUGGGAGCCGUGGUGUUGGGAAGUCUAAACUGAAAAACUCCGUAAUUAAUCUAUUGGAAAAAGAAGGUAUUGAAUGGGGCGAGGAAAACCGGGGAGCACUGUUCGUCAAACUUCAUGGAGAAACAAACUUCAGCUUCAUAGAUUCUGACAGUGAUACCGACUGAUUAUUGUCAAUCUUUUCAAUGGGUAGAGCAUCGUGUUGUGGGAUCUUGAGGUCACGGGUUCGAGUCCUUGAAGCAACUUUUUGCAAAAAAAAAAAAAAAACCAAGGUAAGGGGUACUUUGUGUAUAGAGGAGUUUUUAAUUUAUUAGUUCCUCACUCUAUGUAUUAUUGUUAAUAGCAGGUUUAAUUUAACCAAAUCAACAAUUAGCAACUCUAGGUAGGUAACUAAGCUAAGAGCUAAGAUGGUUGAGUUUAUUGUAUCAUUUGUAUCUGUCCAAUGUACAGUUUUUGGUUGGCAGAGGUUUCCCUUCGGAGGGAUUCCGGCUUGUUCGUGGUAAUAUUUUGGCAUCACUCAUAUUUUUCGGGUUGUUUUUUUGCGGUUGAAAUUUCUUGAAUUUAAAGUUAGUUGUAUGUUUUUAUUUAAAAAAAAUUAUUAGUGUUUAUAAUUGAAAAGGACUGUAGGAGUCGACGUUGAAUGUGAGGUUAUUGGAUACGCCCUCCCCAAUCAUCAUCAUCCUCCAUUCAUUCAUUCGUUCGUUCCUUCUUUCACUCCCGUAUUAUCUCAUCUGCCGCCGGAAGACAAUACCAUGUCCGGAAGCGGCGUCGUAACGGUCUAUGGAAACGGCGCCAUCGCCGAGGCGCCCGCCAAGCAGUCCCCCUUCUCCGUCAAGGCGGGCCUUGCCCAGAUGCUCCGCGGCGGCGUUAUCAUGGACGUCGUCACGCCCGAGCAGGCCCGCAUCGCCGAGGAAGCCGGCGCUUGCGCCGUCAUGGCCCUCGAACGCGUCCCCGCCGACAUCCGCGCCCAGGGCGGCGUGGCCCGCAUGUCCGACCCCCAGAUGAUCAAGGAAAUCAAGCAGGCCGUCACGAUUCCGGUCAUGGCCAAGGCCCGGAUCGGGCAUUUCGUGGAGGCCCAGAUCCUGGAAGCCCUCGGGAUCGAUUACGUCGACGAGUCGGAGGUCCUCACCCCGGCCGACGACGCGAACCACAUCAACAAGCACAAUUUCAAAAUCCCCUUCGUCUGCGGCUGCCGGAACCUCGGCGAAGCCCUGAGGCGCAUCCGCGAGGGCGCCGCGAUGAUCCGGACCAAGGGCGAGGCCGGGACGGGCAACGUCAUCGAGGCGGUCCGCCACGUGCGCUCCGUGAUGGGCGACAUCAGAGUCCUCCGGAACAUGGACGACGACGAGGUCUUCGCCUUCGCGAAGCAGAUCCAGGCGCCCUACGACCUCGUGAUGCAGACCAAGCAACUGGGGAGGCUCCCGGUGGUGCAAUUCGCCGCCGGAGGGGUGGCGACGCCGGCGGACGCGGCCCUGAUGAUGCAGCUGGGAUGCGACGGCGUGUUCGUGGGGUCCGGGAUAUUCAAGAGCGGGGAUCCGGCGAGGAGGGCCCGGGCAAUCGUGCAGGCAGUGUCCCACUACAGCGACCCGGAAGUGCUGGCGGAGGUUAGCUGCGGGCUGGGAGAGCCCAUGGUGGGGAUCAAUCUCAACGAUCCCAACGUCGAGAGGUACGCCAAUCGUUCCGAAUAAUAUACCCCAAAAACUUGUGAUGUUUCAGAGGAUGGAUGGUUUCAUUAGACUGGUUUCAUAUGAAUCUCUGCCUAUGAUUGUGUUUUCUUUAGUUAGUUUUAUGUAUGCUCUCAUGGGUGACUCUCUCACUCUGGUUUUAGCUUACAAAUGGUCUGUGAUUGAUUGUUUGAUUAGAAGACAACUAUUAGUGGCUUUGGUUUUUUGCAUUUUUUUGAUUGUGAAGGUGGCUAGAAUCAAGUCCAACAACAACAACAAAUUAAACCUAGAUAU